AGCGAUAAGGCUGGGAGACAGGAGGUAAAUCUGAAAUUAAGAACAAUAUAAUAGGUAGGAUCUAUCGAAGAAUAUGGUGCUGGAGAGGUUCUUACACGAGGAGCCUUCGUCGCCGUACGUACGAAGUUUCUACGCGGCGUCGUUUCUAGGCAUCGUCGCCCUCGGCGUCUCCGAAUUUGGCGGGAAGAAUCUCCAGUACUCUAAAUUCUGGAACUCCUCCAAAUCGGGCCGGAGUCCGACCCUGAUUGGGAGCCGAACAGGUAUGCUGAUUUGCUACACGCCGGCGCUGAUUGCGGCGGUUCUUUCGUUCUGGUUGGAUCCGGAAACCCGGACCCGGUCUCUGCUGCUCAAAUCGGCUCUCACCCUUCAUUUCCUCAAAAGGAUUUUCGAGGUUUUAUUCAUCCACAAUUAUAGCGCUUUCAUGGUUCUCGACACUGUUUUUAUCAUCUCGACUAGUUACAUCUCUAUAGUCGGGAGCCUUAUAUACUUUCAAUAUCGAGUUCGUAAAUUUCCCGAGCCGUUGAUUGAUUUAAAAUAUGUCGGUUUGCUGGUGUUUAUCAUAGGAAGUUCCGGAAAUUUUUACCAUCAUUAUCUUCUCUCUAAGCUACGGAAAAAAGGCGAAAAGGGCUAUAAGAUUCCGAAGGGCGGUCUCUUUAAUUUGGUUAUUUGCCCUCAUUAUCUUUUUGAGAUAGUGAGUUUUUUAGGAUUCGCAUUGAUCGCUCAAACAGUGCAUGGAUAUUUGAGCGCACUCGGAUCUGCUGUAUAUCUAUUUGGAAGAAGUUAUUCCACCCGAAAUUGGUAUAUUUCCAAAUUUGAAGAUUUUCCGAAGAAUGUGAAGGCGAUAAUUCCUUAUGUCUUCUAGAUUAUUGUUGUAAUACAACUUAGUGUCCUAAGAGUUUUUUUUUUUUUUUCUUUCUAAUCUAUUAAUAAAGUUGGAUACUUAAUGUUUAAUGUUUCAAU